AUGGCGGUGGAUACUGCUGUUUCUCCUCAAGUUCAGCCCUACGCUUUCUCCAGCUUGGGUAGCACUCUCCAAGUCCACGCCGCCGCUACUCCGCCUUCUUCCGCCGCUGCAUGGUCUCCGUCGCACUCGGAGACGCUGUACCGCGUGGAUCGGUGGGGACCGCCUUACUUCGCCGUGAAUUCCGCCGGCGACAUUUCAGUUCGGCCGUUCGGAGACGAUACAUUGCCGCAUCAGGAGAUCGAUCUUCUGAAAGUCGUGAAAAAGGCGUCCAGCCUCGGCCUGCAGCUCCCUCUCGUCGUCCGAUUCCCCGAUGUGCUGCGAAAUCGGCUCGAAUCGAUUCAAUCGGCGUUCGAUUCGGCGAUCGAAUCGCGCGGCUACGGCGCGCAUUUUCAGGGGGUUUACCCUGUGAAGAGCAAUCAGGACCGGUUUGUGGUGGAGGACAUCGUUGAGUUCGGGUCGGGCUUCCGGUUCGGGCUGGAAUCCGGAUCCAAACCGGAGCUUCUCUUAGCGAUGAGCUGCCUCUGCAGCGGAAGCCCCGACGCGCUUCUGAUCUGCAACGGAUUCAAGGAUGCAGAGUACGUUUCUCUCGCGCUUGUAGCGAAGAAACUGCGAUUUAAUUCCGUGAUCGUGCUUGAGGAAGAGGAUGAGCUCGACGUCGUGAUCGACGCCGGCCGGAAACUAGGCAUCCGCCCCGUGAUUGGCCUGCGCGCGAAGCUGCGGACGAAGCACGCCGGCCAUUUCGGCUCCACCUCCGGCGAGAAAGGUAAAUUCGGCCUCACGACUGCACAAAUUCUCCGAGUUGUGAAGAAAUUGGGGAAAUUCGAGAUGCUCGAUUGCCUCCAAUUGCUGCAUUUCCAUGUCGGUUCCCAAAUCCCUUCGACUUCUCUCCUCGCCGACGGCGUCGUCGAAGCUGCGCAGAUCUACUGCGAGCUAUUUCGCCGUGGCGCGGCGAUGGAAUUCAUCGACGUUGGCGGCGGCCUCGGAAUCGACUACGACGGCUCCAGAUCUGGAGAUUCCGAUAUAUCUGUCAGCUACAGCCUCCACGAAUACGCCUCAACCGUCGUCAAAACGGUGGCGUUUGUGUGCGAUCGGAAUUCCGUGAAGCAUCCGGUGAUCUGCAGCGAGAGCGGCCGCGCGAUCGUUUCGCACCACUCGGUUUUAGUGUUCGAAGCUGUUUCAGCGAGCUUCAAUGGCGAUGAUCCGCAGAGGAGGACUGAUUCCCCUUGCGUGGAGCGGCUGAGCGACGACGCUCGAGCCGCGUACAAUAGCUUGUACGCGGCGGCGAUGAGAAAAGAGCGCGAGAGGUGUGUGUUUUUGACGGAGGAGCUGAAGGGGAGAUGCGUGGAGCAGUUUAAGCAAGGGAAUUUGGAGAUGGAGGUGCUCGCCGCGGUCGAUGGCUUCUGCGAUUUCAUCUGCGUUUCCGAUGAAAUCAUGACUUAUCACGUGAAUCUCUCUGUUUUCACAUCGAUUCCUGAUUUUUGGGGCAUCGGCCAGCUGUUUCCGAUCGUCCCGAUCCACCGGCUUGAUGAGAAGCCGGAGCUGAGAGGCUUUCUCUCCGAUUUGACCUGCGAUAGCGACGGCAAGAUCGAUAGGUUCAUCGGCGGCGAGGCGAGCUUGCCUCUGCACAAGCUGGUAGAAGACACCGGCGGCGGAGCCUAUUAUUUGGGGAUGUUUCUUGGGGGGGCUUAUGAGGAGGCGUUAGGGGGAAUCCACAACCUGUUUGGCCGGCCGAGCGUGGCUCGCGUGGUGGCGCAGGGCGGCGAUGGAUUCGUGGUGAAGAGCGCGGUGGCGGGGGCAUCGUGUGGGGAGGUGCUCCGGGCGAUGGGGCAUCGCCCGCAGGCGAUGCUGGAGACGCUGAGGCAGCGUGUGGAGGAGUUUGCUGGCGAUGGUGGGGCCGCGGGGACGGUUAUGGAUGGUUUCUUUUGCUGUUUAGGCAACAUGCCUUAUCUGGCUGGGGCGGCGGCGAUGAAGGGCGGCGGCGGUGGUGGUGGUGAUGAGGCUGAGGAAUAGCGGUUGGUUUUAGGGUUGUUAAUGAAGAGGACAAGGCCAGUUAGUUGCUUGUGUUAAAUUAUGGUUGGUGGUGUCUGUUUGUUUAUGAAUUGUACUACAUUUGAAAUCAUAGUUUGACUUAUUUCAUUACGUUAUCAAUUUGGCAUAUGUAAGAUUU